GCAUGCGCGUUCUCUUCUGCCUCGUGGUUAGUGAGUGUACCUUCAAGAUCAUCAUGAGUGAACAAUUAAAGCUUAGAGGGACCCUCAAAGGACAUGGCGGCUGGGUCACCCAGAUUGCAACCACUCCGGCUGUCCCAGACAUGAUUCUGUCUGCUUCCAGAGACAAAACGGUGAUUGUAUGGAAUCUCACGCGAGACGACACCAACUACGGUGUUGCCAAGCGUUCAUUGACCGGUCACAAUCACUUUGUGUCGGAUGUGGUCAUCAGUAGUGAUGGACAGUUUGCUCUGAGCGGCUCCUGGGACCAUACUCUGCGACUCUGGGACCUAAACACGGGAGUGACCACCCGAAGGUUUGUGGGUCACACUAAGGAUGUGCUGAGUGUGGCGUUCUCUGCUGACAACCGACAGAUUGUAUCUGGUGCACGUGACCACACCAUCAAGCUCUGGAAUACCCUGGGAGUAUGCAAGUACACUAUUCAGGAUGAUUGCCACACUGACUGGGUGUCUUGUGUGAGGUUCUCCCCCAACGCUCAGAAUCCAGUCAUUGUGUCCUGUGGCUGGGACAAAGCUGUCAAGGUGUGGAACCUCACUAACUGUAAGCUCAAGACCAAUCAUUUCGGGCAUAACGACUUCCUUAACUGUGUAACUGUGUCUCCUGACGGGUCCCUCUGUGCCUCAGGGGGAAAGGAUGGGAACGCUAUGCUGUGGGAUUUAAAUGAAGGAAAGCACUUGUACACGCUGCCAGGAAGUGAGGUCAUCAACGCACUCGUCUUCAGUCCAAACAGAUACUGGCUCUGUUCUGCAUCAGGGCAAAACAUCAAGAUCUGGGACCUUGAGAGCAAGAGUCUGGUUGACGAGCUGAUGGUGGAGAGUAUGCCUAUGAGUGGUCCCACAGAGUGUAUGAGUCUCGCCUGGAGCUCUGACGGUCAGACACUGUUCGCUGGGUUCACUGAUAACCUCAUUCGAGUGUACGACGUCGAAGGAUAAACAAGAACACUCUGAAUUACAGUAUUAUUGUAUUAUUGUGCUCACUUUAUUAGCUGGUGCUUUUUUCUUGUAAAUGAACAAUGUUUGUAAUGUGACUAAGAGAUGUAUUGAAAAUGAGGUGUUAUAAUUAUAAAGAUGGUAUUUUUAUAAUUAUAACUAAGAUGAUUCAUAAAUAUUUGAGAAAUUG